AUGAAUGAGUUACCUCAAAACAUAUCCAACUUGAGUCUAAACUCGCCACAACAACCAGGUAAUGAUAGACCCGCUUCUACACAUACAAGAAAGAAGAAACCUGCUAGAGCCUAUUAUAACUUAAAUGGUAACAAUACUAGUGUUAGUAGUUUAUCAAUUAAUAACAGUGCUGGUACCACUACGCCUAUUAUCAACUCAAUGUCAGGUAUUAUGAACAAUAAUGGCAGCAGUCAAAGGAUUAUUACUCCCGUUGCAUCAAAUACUCCUACUACCAAUACCACAAAUUAUGAUUUACCCACAGAAAGAUUAGUUAAUCAACAAGAAUAUUUGUACAAGACUUUUGAUACUACGCGUGAUUCUGUCUUGCCAUUGAAAACUACUGAAUUCUAUGGCCUUGACACUGGUUCUUGUGAUCCAAGACUAAUGAGCUUGACGAUGUAUAAUGUGCCUAAAGAUGAGCAGUUGAGAAGUGCUACUAAAUUACCCUUAGGUGUUGUGAUGCAACCUUUUGCUGAUAUAUCCACACUAGUCACUGUUGAUAGCAAUAAUAGUAAUGGUAAUAACAGUAAUGGGUUUGACAACGAAGAGGCCUUUGACGGUACCGAUGGAAAUUCGAGCAAUACCAAUGCUAUUCCUACCAUAGAACAGAAUAUCGGGUUAUUACGUUGUAAUAGAUGCCGGGCUUAUAAUAAUCCGCAUUUCAAAUUUAAUUACGAAAACACAUAUCAAUGUAAUUUUUGUAAAGUUAAAACAAACAAUCCAUUGCAAUUUCAACCACCUCCAAUCACACAAGGUUUUUACGAAUUUGAUGCGCCAGACGCCUAUAAUCAUGUUACAGACAAUAACGGCGGGAAGAAUCAACCUUUGCACUAUUUUUUCCUUAUUGAUAUCUCCACAUUUGCCAAUGCAAAUAAAAGUAGUUUAAGUGUGAUUGAGGCUGUUAGAUCUAGUAUUGAAUAUAUAUCACACUAUCAACCACACUGUAAAGUGGGUAUUAUGGCUUUUGACAAGAAUUUGCAUUUUUUUAAACUUUCUGCUCAUCAAGACACAGCGCAAGAAUUCAUUGUUGGUGACCUAUAUGGAGACACCAGAAACAAUGGCAAUGAAGAGGGUAGUGUUUUCCUUCCAUUCUACGAAGGGUUAUUUGUCUCACCCGCAGAUGGUAUGUAUGUUAUUGAAGACACCUUACAAAAGCUUCAACAGCAUUGUUCUUCCAAGUCUGAAAACUACAAUACUGAGGUUGAAGUUUGUUAUGGACCUGCUUUAGAAGCUGCUACAUUGGCUUUGGCAACGUUUGCUAAUGGUGGGAAGGUUUUGUGUUCUUUAAACUCACUGCCAAUGUAUUCUAGAGGUACUUUAAAAUUCAAAAAGGAUGACAAUUUGAAAAAAAAUUUAAAGUGUGAUAAUCCAUAUUAUGUUAAAGUAUCCAGGGCGAUGCUUAAAAAGUCGGUUGGUAUUGAUUUAUUUAUUACCACUGACGGAUUUAUGGAUUUGUGUACUGUUGGCUACCCAUCUUACUUAACUGGCGGUUUCCUAAAACAUUACCCUCAUUUUCAGCCAGCCAAAGAUGAGUUUCAAUUAUGUCAUGAUUACUUGACAAGUUGUUCUAAUACUGUAGGCUACCAAGCCCAGUGGAAAUUGAGAUGUUCUAAUGGGUUAAACGUUUACAACUAUUACAGUGAAAGCAGUGAUGAAAGUGAUAAGCCACCUUUUACCAGUAUAUUAAGCAAAACUUCUAAUAUUAGUGUUUUAUUGAAAUAUGAUGACGAUGUUUUGAAACAUGGUAAAGACUGUUAUUUCCAAGCGGCUGUUUUGUACACAAAUUUAAAGGGGGAAAGAAAAAUUAGGGUUGUCAAUACUACAGGUGCGGUUUCCAGUAAUAUUUUUGAAAUUUUCAAAUUUGUUAACCAAGAUAAUAUAGUUAAUAUUAUGGUUAAAGAUGUUUUGCGCUCUUUGAGAGAGGAUGCUUCGGAUUAUAGUAAGGUACGCAACACCAUAGACAAUAAACUAGUUGACAUUUUCACUCAGUAUAGGGCAUUAACCGGUGGUGGGAAUACACAAAUGGUUUUGCCAGAAUCUUUAAAGACCUUGCCUACAUACAUGUUGGCUUUUGAAAGUAGUAAACUAAUGAAAAAUACAAAUCAUUCCACUAGAGGUAAUGAAAGAGUGGUGCAGUAUUAUGAUUUCUUAACCAGUUCACCCUCUAGAUUGAAUUACAGGCUUUAUCCGCAAAUCAUUCCUUUGCACACUUUGAUGAGCGAAAAUGAUUUAACCUUUUAUGAUGAAAACGACACUUUGUUGAGUGUGGAAAGUAUCUCUAGUUUGAGCGUAGGGAAUAGUUAUCGCAAAUUAAUUGAUGGUGGGUGUUAUGUAAUAUUUCAAGGUGAUCUGGUUUAUAUUUGGUUUAACACCAAUACUAAUAAAAUGUUAUUACAAGAUUUAUUGGGGGUUUCCGAAAAUAUCAAUGAUAUUAGUAAGAUUCAUAUUGAGAGUGGUAUUUUCCCUAUUUUGGAUACUGCGAUUAACAUUAAAGCACGCAAUUUGAUGCUGUAUUGGAGACGUAUUUGUAACUAUCAUCGGGAAAGUAAUUUUAUUAAGGUGCUACCACUAAGGCCUCAAUAUGAUGAUUAUUACAGCAAUGUGAUGCAGUACGAUAUUUUAUUUGAAGAUAAGAAUAUAGAAAUGGUGGAAAGUUUAGAAAAUUAUCUGUUGUUUUUACAUAAGAAAAUUAAGGAGAGAAUGGAUAAAGAGGACUAUAUUAAGGUUGGAAAGUCCAACAAAGUUGAUAAUGAAACUUUUACUCAAAGAUAUUUACAUAUAUGA